AUGUCAUCUCACUUUUACGAGGUCGCUCUCUUCGGAGAGUUCUACGCCCCAGAUCUCAAGCCAAUUCUCAAUCGCAUAACCCUCCACAGCGAAUCAUCUCAGCCUUUUCAGAGCAGAGAAGUCGUCUUUGAGCCUCUCGAUGCCGCCGCACAGAGAGACGCUGGCACAGAACCUAUUCUCUUGCGUGCAAAGAAAGAGAUAUCAGAUCCAAAUGCUCCCUGGGUCCUCUUUUCAUAUCUCAAGCCAGAAUCUGUCCGCGUCCACCCAGAGGCAACAGUCAGGCCCUGGGCAACUUGUCAGGUCGUCGGAGACGCGUUGAGUUUCGCUGCAGCAUUGGGCUAUGUCCGCCGAUCUCAGUUUUACAGACGAGGAUAUGCUUUUCGACGCGGUACUCUACUCAUCACUAUGGCUCAGCAGGAACAGCUUGAUCCCGCCACAGAAUUACCAGUGCGAGCUCACGCAGACACCCUUUGGGAAGUCGAGGUCAAGACAGCCGAACCUAUUCGCAAUACACAAGAAACUCCCUUGAACAAAGCGAUCGAAGCUGUCCUGCAAGUACAAUUGUUGAUGAAAGGUUUGUUGGACCUCCGUCGACAGGAUGUAUGA